CUGCCUCAUCACGGCUCACACUAGUUUUUCCCUUCUCGUUUGCCGUACGUGAUCAUUGACAACAAUCAUGGCGUCUUCAAUGUCACUUCUCAGCUUAGGACGUUUAACCAUGAUCAAUACAGCUUCUAAAAUGCUCCUGAACCCUCUCAGGUUUACAAGCACAUCAACAUUGAGGCUGGCAGAGAAACCAGGACAAGAUACACAACUUAUUAAAGUCGAUGAGAAGUUGGACAUCACUUGUUUGACGGGCGUCCCGGAGGAGCAUGUGAAGACACGCAAGGUUCACAUCUUUGUAUCUGCCAAAACAGCGAUGCAGUCAGGAAUCAACAGCACCAAGAAGUGGAAGAUGGACUUUGACACCAGGGAGCGCUGGGAGAAUCCACUGAUGGGCUGGGCUUCAACGGCUGAUCCCUUAUCCAACAUGGCACUCUCGUUUACCUCCAAGGAAGAUGCCAUCGCUUUUGCUGAGAAAAAUGGUUGGAGUUACGACGUCACAGACAAGAGGACCUCAAAGCCCCGGGUGAAAUCGUACGGGGCAAACUUCUCCUGGAACAAGAGGACCAGGAGGUCCGCUAAGUAAACUUGGGAUGCACAUCUGUUUGUUGGCUUGACCUCAGUUUGUCCCGCAGCAGACCUGUAUCAUUCUUGUCAAUAAAUGCAUAAUUAUAUACCUUGAAACCAAA